CCGUGUUACAGUUAGGACGGGAGUACCUUAUAUUCCCUCCCUUCGUCCCGACAAUCCUCACGAGGCUCUCGGGCUUGUUCGACACAUCGAUUUGAGGCCUCUUGGUUCGUUUUACUGCUGGUGAAGCAAUGAUGGCCGCAGACCCCGAGAAGUUGCCGGUCAAGGAGGCCGUCGAUAUCGACAAUGGCUCCCACGAUGAGGAGGCCGGCAUCAGCGGCGGAACGCUGAAGAAGGACCUCAAAAAUCGCCAUAUGCAAAUGAUUGCCAUUGGCGGUGCCAUUGGAGCUGGUCUCUUCGUCGGUUCCGGCGGCGCCCUGUCAAAGGGCGGGCCAGCAUCUCUGAUCAUCUGCUACACCAUUGUGGGCAUCAUGUUGUUGUUCACCUGCCAGGCCAUGGCCGAGCUCGCUGUCCUGUACCCUGUCAACGGCGCCUUUUACACUUACGUUGUCCGCUUCGUCGAUCCCUCAUGGGGUUUCGCCGUUGGCUGGGACUACGCCCUCUCUUGGUUGACCAUCCUCCCCUUCGAGCUUAUCGCGGCCUCUAUCACAAUCGAAUACUGGCGGGAAGACAUUAGCAUGGGCGUCUGGGUGACCGUAUUUCUGGUCGUCUUAUGUGUAAUCCAGAUUUUUGGCGUGCGUGGAUAUGGCGAAGUUGAGUUCGUCCUCAGCAUGAUCAAGAUCGCGGCAUGCCUUGGAUUCAUCAUCCUGGGCAUCGUCAUCAACACUGGUGGCGUCGGCGACCGAGGCUAUAUUGGCGCCAGGUUCUGGCAUGAACCCGGUGCCUUUAGGAACGGCUUCAACGGGUUUGCCAGCGUCUUCGUCAUUGCCGCCUUUUCGUUUGGCGGUACCGAACUGGUCGGUCUCGCUGCGGCCGAGAGCGCGAACCCUCGCAAGGCCAUCCCGACGGCAUCGAAGCAGGUGUUUUGGCGCAUCGCCUUCUUCUACAUUGUCAACUUGUUCAUUGUCGGCCUCAUCCUCCCCUCCGACGACGACCGGCUGCUGAACUCAUCGGGCGCCAAUACGAAGGCAUCUCCCUUCGUGCUGGCGAUUCAGGAUGCCGGCAUCGCGGUGCUUCCGUCCAUCAUGAACGCCGUCGUCACCGUUGCUGUCAUCAGCGUUGCCAAUUCGUGCACCUUCGGCUCGACCCGCACCAUGCAGGCCCUUGCGGAGCAAGGCAUGGCUCCCAAGUUCCUGGCCUACAUUGACAAGCAUGGCCGCCCACUGUGGUGUGUGGUCAUCCAGCUCGCGUUUGGCCUGCUCGGCUACCUUGGACUUGCCGCCGAGGGCAGAACCGUUUUCAACUGGCUCCUUGCUAUCUCAGGUCUCUCCUAUUUCUUCGUCUGGGGCUCCCUCUGCCUGACGCACAUCCGGUUCCGCUACAUCUGGAAGGCUCAGGGCUACACCCUCGACCAGAUCCCGUACAAGCCCGGUCUGGGCGUUUGGGGCAGCUGGAUCGGCCUCAUUCUCAACCUCCUCUGUCUCAUCGCCACUUUCUACAGCUCCCUCUACCCGAGCCCCGAUGCUACCCCUAACGCAGAGGAUUUCUUCAUGAGUUACCUUGCCGCGCCCAUCGUCAUCGCCCUCUACCUUGGCUGGAAGGCUUAUUCUAGGGAUUGGAGGCUGUGGAUCCCUGCCGAGGAAGUCGACCUCGUGACUGGUCUGCGCAUGCACAUUCCGGGUGAUGAUGACGAGAAGCCGAUGGAGAGGACGUGGAGGAACCUGCCCAAGCGUAUCAUCAAGGGGCUGGUUUAGGCACGGCAUGUUCAGGUGGCAAUAAACGACCUUGAGGUCUCGGAUGCGUGAAGGGGAGGAUAUGGAUUGCCCGUUUUGUCCGUCUCCGCGGCGACUAGCGGGCUCGAGUUGAAGCUCCAAUAUAGACAACCUACUGUUUGUGAUGACUCAGGACCAGGUUGGCCUAUCUUCGUUUGGAGGUGUGGCUUUAACGUCUCCGUGCCUCCGGUUGACCUAUU